UUUGUUACCGGCGGGUGGCGGGAGGCUUUUGAGGCCUACUCGGGUCCGCCUCACUUCAGCGGGCCGCCUUCCCCGUGCCCUCCGGUCCUUUGCCUGAGGAGCGGCGAAGGGAGCCCGAAGGCGGAGGGAAAAUAGCCCCGUCCCUAGAUAAUUGGGAUGAAUGGAUGGAGGAGGAGGCGGCGGCGGUGGCUGUGUUGUAGGCCCAGGGGUGGCCCCUUCAGGAUGUGAAAUCCAGUCAGCGCGCCCAAUUGGGGCUUUACUCUGAGAUCCUGACAUGUCUGAUGAAAUAUGCCCCAAAUAAAAUUAAAUGGCAUCACUGUGGACUUCCCAUUUCAACCCUACAAAUGUCAGGAAGAAUACAUGUCUAAAGUGCUGGAAUGCCUGCAAAAGCAAGUGAAUGGGAUUUUAGAGAGUCCUACAGGCACGGGGAAGACACUAUGCCUCCUUUGUGCAUCUCUGGCUUGGCGGGACCACUUCAAAGAUGCCAUCUCUGCACAGAAGAUAGCCCAACGACUGAAUGGAGCAGAACUCUUCACUGACCGGCCAAUGUCAUCUUGGGGCAGCGCUACCACAGGUGCAGAUAUCCCAGCUUAUUACACUGACGUUCCUAAAAUAAUUUAUGCCUCCAGAACUCAUUCUCAGCUUACUCAGGCCAUCAAUGAAUUAAAGAACACAGUUUACAGGCCAAAGGUAUGUGUAUUGGGUUCCAGAGAGCAGCUCUGCAUCCACCCUGAAGUUAAAAGACAGGAAAAUAACCAUACGCAGAUCCACAUGUGCCGUAUGAAGAUAACAACUCGCACAUGUCAUUUCUAUAACAAUGUGGAAGAGAAGAGCACUGAAAAAGACCUGAUCAGCUCCAUCUUGGAUAUUGAAGACCUGGUUAAAAAUGGGAACAAGCACAGAGUUUGCCCUUACUAUCUUUCUCGGAGUUUGAAGCAGCAGGCAGACAUCAUUUUUAUGCCUUACAACUAUUUACUGGACCCAAAGAGUCGAAGAGCUCACAACUUGGACUUGAAGGGGGCUGUAGUGAUACUUGAUGAAGCUCACAAUGUGGAAAAGAUAUGUGAAGAGUUGGCAUCGUUUGACUUGACACCCUAUGACUUAGCUUCAGCUGUGGAUGCCAUUAACAUAGUUCUGGAAGAACAAGUGAAAAACGUUCAGCAGAAUGAAAUCAACUCUGAAUUCAGUGUGGAGCCUGCCAGUUCAGGAUUAAACAUGGAGCUAGAAGACAUCGCAAAGAUAAAGCAGAUUCUUCUUCAGCUAGAAAACGUUAUAGAUGCUGUCGAGCUGCCCCCAAGUGGAAGUGGACUCACUAAGGAUGGAAGCUAUAUAUUUGACCUGUUUGAAAAGGUCCAAAUCACAUCCCAAACCCAAGCAUCUCUCCUUGAGUCACUGGAACAAAUCUUACAGUAUUUAGCAGGCCGUACUGGCAUAUUCAUCAAUACAGCUGGGUUGCAUAAAUUUACAGACAUAAUUCAGACUGUUUUUAAUUUCCGUCCAUCAGAAGGCACGUCUAGUUCCAUCCUGGGCUGCUCGGUCUCCAAGUAUUAUAAGGUCCACAUCCAUCUAGAUGCAAGUAAUCAUAAAAAGAAGCAGAGGACAGACCUGUGGAACUCGUCAGCAACUAAAAAACAAGGAAAGGUCUUGAGCUAUUGGUGUUUCAGUCCUGGAUACAGCAUGCACGAGUUAGUUCGUCAGGAAAUCCGAACAAUCAUUCUCACUAGCGGGACACUCUCUCCACUAUCGUCUUUUACUAUGGAAAUGCAAAUUCCCUUCCCAGUUUGUUUGGAAAACCCACACGUUAUCGAUAAACACCAGAUUUGGGUGGGGAUAAUCCCUAAAGGACCUGAUGGUGGUUUGCUGAGUUCCACCUAUGAAAAAAGAUUUUCAUCAGAGUGUCUGUCAUCUCUUGGGAGAACAAUAGGUAAUCUUGUUCGAAUCACACCACAUGGGCUGCUUGUUUUCUUCCCUUCAUAUCCUGUCAUGGAUAAAAGCCUGGAAUAUUGGAGAGAGCAUGAUUUAGCUGGAAGAAUUGAAGCAGUUAAACCAAUGUUUGUGGAACCAAGAAACAAAGGAACCUUCACAGAGGUCAUAAAUGCCUAUUAUGAGAAGAUUGUCUGCCCCAAGUCUAAUGGUGCUGUUUUCUUGGCUGUGUGCCGGGGGAAGGCCAGCGAAGGUUUGGACUUCACGGACAGGAAUGGUCGAGGUGUCAUCAUUACAGGCCUUCCUUUCCCCCCUCGCAUGGACCCAAAGGUCAUUUUAAAGAUGCAGUUCUUGGAUGAGAUGAGGUCAAAAGGUGCUGCUGGUGGACAGUAUUUAUCCGGGAACAGCUGGUACAAACAACAGGCAUCUCGUGCAGUGAACCAGGCCAUUGGUAGAGUCAUCCGGCAUCGACAGGAUUACGGCGCCAUCUUCCUCUGUGACCACAGGUUCAUGAAUACGGAUGCAAUAAGCCAAUUGCCUUCCUGGGUCCGUCCUUACAUCAAGAUUUAUGAAAAAUUUGGGCAUGCCGUCAGAGAUGUGUCUCAGUUCUUCCGUUUUGCCCAGGAAACUGUGCCUCCUCCCCCACUUCGAGACCCCUCCUGCACCACCACUGGAGAAGAAGGCAGCCCUACAACUUCGGCUUCACGUGAGAAGUUCCUUUCUGUGACCAAAGCCAGCAACACGGACAACCAUGUUCCUAGUUUGAAAAGGAAGAGGUUUGAGAAAAAUGAGUUGGGACAUUCAGAAUCUAGGUACUUACAGGCUGUGUAUCUUGUCUCAGAUAAUGGAGCGGCCAACCUGUGUGUAGAGUAUGACCAAAGGCCGUCCACCUCACAAAGACAACCUGGUAGCCUCUUGGCUGCACUGGAGUGCAAUGAAAAGAACUGUGGAGAGGCAGGUGAGGAAGACAGCUUGCCAGGAGAGGAACAGGCAAAACGUUUGUCAACUCUCUCCCUUCGAUACGAGAAGAAGCUCAUGGAUGAGCAGAAAGGAGGCAGGAAGAAAAUCAAGAUAGUCAGCAAUCCGCAGGCUGGCAAAGCCCAAGACCUCUCAGAGACUAAAACUGCCAGGGCUGCAGCUUUCAUUGCAACCGUGAAGCAGUCUUUGAGCCAGCUGAAUUUUAACACGUUCUCAAGGGCUCUGCAGCAGUACAAAACCACAAAUGACUUCAGUACUAUGUUGUGCCAGAUGAGCUCACUUUUUGUGGAAGACCAGAAAAAACAUGUCCUAUUGCGAGAAUUUUACCAGUUUGUUCGGCCGCAGCACAAAAAGAAGUUUGAUGAAGCUUGCUGUUCCCUGACGGGGGUCGGCUGUGGCUACAAACCUGAGCACAGCCUGAAGCUAGAGGAGAGGCUGCGGCUGGCCAAGAACCCAGAGAAGAAAUGUGACGAGAAAACCACCUUUUCGGAUGGUUCAACUGGGCAGCUGAACACUGAGCAGCAUUUGAAUAAAGGAGGUUCCCACCUAACUUUUCGGUCGGACGGUGCAGGAGGAAACAGUGCCUGUGCGACUGCUGAGCCCUCCAAAAAAACGCCCAGCUCCCUAAAGGAGAGCCGUAACCAAAUAAUCCGAUCAGCCUACCUGAGUGACCUCAAGGUGGCUCUGGACCAAAGCAGCUUCAGCAGUUUCUUUUCAGCCCUGUCAGCAUACAAGAAGACUGAUGACUACGAUGCCAUGGUGUCUGUGGUUGCAGCCCUCACCACAGAGAAGCCAGAACAUUUCCAUCUGCUACAAAGGUUCUCCAUGUUUGUGCGCCCCCAUCACAAAAAACAGUUCAGGCAGAUGUGUAAAGAGCUGACUGGGAUGAGUUGCCCUGAGGAGAGUGAAGAGGCUCUGCUACCAGCGCAGGAGGAGGGCUCCCUUGGCUUGAGGGACUCAAACUGCACGGCGGAAGAGAGUAAAACUCAGGAUAAAGCUGCCAGCCCAAUCCCAGGUUCCUCCAAGAGCGAGAUGCUAGAGAAGAUCCUAAUUAAUGCCACCCCUAUAAGUAACUUGGAAUCACAGAACUCCAAGGGAGGUCCAAGCAGUGUCCGCACACCCAUGGACUCUGACAGCGUGCCCAUCUCACCAUUAAGGGAAGGGUUCCAGUGUGGAAAAUGCAAAUCUGAGCAUAGUGUGCCUUUUAAAUGCCAGCUGUGCGAUUUCACUUGUUGCAAAUUGUGCUGGGAGAAUCUCCUAAAGGGUGCCAAGAAGUGCCCGGAAUGCAAAGCUGAUACCAAGAAGAGACAUUUAUCUAUGAAUUAUUGGCCAGAUCCCCAGUGAGAGAGGUCUACAUUGAGGCAAAAAUAGCCCAGGACUAUGGAAAGGAAGCAAAGUGUACAUUGGUUUUAAGCAAGCUGCUCUUUGUUCUCUGGACUGAUGUUGCCACCUCAUGCCACCACCCUCUUGCUGAAGUUCCUCCACCAGAAGAGAUUUUCAACGCACAGCAGAAGUUUGGAGAAUCAGCAUUGUCUUCACAAUGACAAAUGACAGCAGAAGGUGAAAGGACAGAGUAAUCUUUAGGAUUACAGUUCCCCUGAUACUCCCAAACAUUCCAACACUUUUGCAGCUGUUGGGCUCUUAAAAUGACGUUUUUACACAAAAGCAUAAAAUCAUUUUUCUUAUAAGAGUCUCUUCAGUGAGGCAAGAUAAUUAUGGCUUGUCUCCCUGUGGACAGUUUGUGGCUUCCAUGCCUGUAAAAGCAAUCACGUUGUAGGUGCUAAAAAAACUCUUUGAGGUGUUGGCAGGCCUUGUGAUCUAUUGGCCAGCUGCCUACCAAAAGAGUUCAGAGAAACUGACCAAAUGAAAACCUCAAAUUGAGGUGGAUUAUCUGCUCAUUAGAAAGGCUGUGUGUAUUGAUAGUCAGCUGUCAAUUUUGAUAGUUGAUAGUCAGUGUAAUUUUGGUGAGUCCUGAGCUGGUGCUCAGGCUAAUUAAAUAGAAAGCCUCUGAAUUUCGCUGCUUGUGCUUCGUGUCGGAAACUUCUGCUGAUAAGAAGGGAUUCUUCUCUCCUCUGCUUUCUGAUGCUUCAGAAGGAUUUCUGCAACAACCAGUUGGUUCUGUUGCAAAAAAUAGAAAAUAAAUGGAAUAAAUUUUAAGUACAUUAUGUGCUUUUAUAUUUUUAUAAACUGCAAGUAUUUUUGUGAAUUGAGAAAUUGCAUCAGUUUUCAAAAGUGGGAAAUAGUACGUGUUAAACUAUGUCAAUAAAUAAAAAACGCAUUUGUCGUGUGGCUUCAA